UGGCAAUCUCUUUUCUUUUCGAGUCAACGUUUAUUCAGAAAUGGCAACCGUCGGCAUGGGACGGAGGUUGCAACGGCUCAAAUGGACUACAGUUUGUGAAAGUUGGAAAAGUUCCUCGAAAAAAUUAACGUCACGUGAUGUUGGCCAAUGGCGACUUGCAAGUUUUGUCUGCGCAUCAAGGCGACGAGAAUCAUUUGUAUCAUUGUCGAGUUCUCGUCCAGCCCAUCAGGCAAACAAUGACCAGUUUCACUGCUGGACGAAUCAUCCUCAGUCAAGAAACCAGGACAAAGAUGGCACAAGUCAUUGUAGAAACUGUGAAUCGAAUUCGAAGUUUGGCGUGGACGAGAUUCCGUUUUACCUUGUGUUUUUCAUGGAUAUCUUCCGCAUAAAAUCAAAUGGUACAAAAGUCUAACGAUUCAGUAUGGCAAUUUGUUGUUGCCACUGGUGACAUCAGCUGCCACGCAAGAGCAUCGUGAUGGAGUGCUGGGACUUGGGCGUCAUCGCCUCAUUGGUGGCACUUUACUCAUCGCUUCCGUCGUCACCGAAGAUCAGGGCCGUUACAUUUGAUUCGUCAACAGUUCCAUUGGAUUAGUCGAAUCACGUACCGAACUCAUUUUUCGUGUCAAAUUACAAGUCAGAAUCGUUGAACGUCGUCGUCGCCGCAUAGAAUGCACAGCACAUUUAAGUCACCGAUCCAGAAACGUCCGUCACCAUCACGUGUCAUUUCUCCGGCCGGUUGUCAGUUGGCUCAAAGAUGGCCAGCGCUUCUUGGUGGGUAAUAGUGGUCGUGUUUCUUCUUCAUCCGGCGACGACGGCUACACCGAUAUGGUCCAGUUAUCCAUUUCGUCCGUCCAACGUGAAGAUGAGGGAAUAUACCAAUGCCUGGCAUCCAAUGACGAAGGAGAUUGGGCCCAAGCAUCGGCCCAGCUGGCCAUUGGAGCAUUUCCUCCUCAUUUGAAAGAAACGUUCAGUCGGCAAGUUGUACAUCCGGGAAGUUCAGUCUCGUUGAAAUGUUUGGCCUCUGGCACUCCGCUGCCUCAUUUCACUUGGACGCUGGACGGGUUUCCGUUAUCGCCCGUUUCCGAACGAUAUUUCCUCGGCCAGCAGCAACAAACGGGUCACGACGAUCUUGUAGUGGCUCAUCUCAACAUAACCCACGUCCGAGUCGAAGACGGAGGCAAUUACAAAGCGUUUGUGGCGUUUGUGCGAACAGUGUGUAGCGGAGAAUCGAGUGGGUCGCGUAGAGCAUUCAGCCAAUUUGCAUAUUUACUUCAAUUCAAUGGCAGUUUGACGAUCGAUCCGUUGGAUAAGAGCAGCGACGCCGGUCUUUAUAGUUGCGAGGUGCGUGGCCAGAACGGACUCUCGGCUCGCCAGUCACUUCAACUCAACAUCCUCGCUUUGCGAAAAUAUUGACUCGGCGCCUUUUUCUUUUCCCCCUCCGCCCUGUAAACUUGCUCGGUCGCUGAGUAUACUCUUUGAUGAUGAGAAAGUCAACAGCGCUUUUCUAUCCGGUCUGGAAGCAGAAAAAAAAUUUAAAAAAAAGGAAGCAAUGAAAGCAAAUGAGACAGACCGACUAUAUCGAUCCAGCAGCCAGAAGCCAAUUUAAGUCUUUCCCCUUUUAUUUUUAUGAAAAACAAGAAAAAGGAGAUGAGUUAAGUGGGUAGGAAGGAUAAAUUUAGAAAUUUCUCGACGUUUUUUUUUGUUGUUGCUUCCGGUCGCCGGAAUUUUGUUAAAAAAACAAAACAAAAAACACGAAAAAAAAAAACGAUAUUGGAUACAGAUGCGCCUCAUAUAAUGGCAAUGAGCGAUUCGGCCAUGUUGAAUGCCGGCGAGCGAUUGGCUCUUCAAUGCGCCGUAGUUAAAGGUGGAUUGCCGUUGUUCGUCAGCUGGUCGAAAGAUGGCCAAAGGCGCGUUUUGGCGUCUACCUGGUUGAUCAGGAAUGAGGUUGAGUUGCGAUCAACCGCAUUUUUGUGUCAACCUGGUUGAACUGAACCAAUGUUUUGGCGACAACUGAUAUU